AUGAACGAUAAUAGGAUAAUAGCUCAUACACUCAUACUAUCGUCUGUUACAUCUCCAUGUAGAAAAUAUCUACUCUUUGGAACUAAUACACACAAAAUACUGAUUUAUUCGUUAUUUUCGCUAUCCUAUGAUGCACAAAUUGAAGGAAAACCAGAGUGUAUUAUUAACGUGAAAUAUGCAAGAACUAUUUACUCUUUAUGUUUCGGGAGAGAUUUUGUCUUUUGUGGAUCAGUCGGUUUAAUUGUUAUAUACAAAUGGACUACACCUAAUGAUGGCUUUCUAAAAUAUUAUGAUACAGUUCAUCUGACAUCUACAAAUAUUUAUGCAACUGUUUCUGAAGUUACUGGAUUGUGUUAUAAUGCAGAGAGUGAUAGCUUGUUGGCAGCAUUAGGUGAUGGAACUAUUCAUACAUUUUUUAUUGGUUGUGGUAUCCAAGAAAAUAUUAUAUUAGCGGGACAUAAAUCUACAAUCUAUAGAAUUUGCAAUGUUGGAACACAUGAGUUCGGUACCAGUUCUGAAGAUGGUACUGUUUGCUUUUGGGAUCAGAGAAUUAUACAGAAUGGAAUUUUUCAGGCUUCGUCUAUAUUCAGACCGUAUUUAACUAGUAUAUUAUCUCGACCUAAACUUGGGUCUUGGCUAACCACUUUAUCCUGCAAACAAUCUGAAGAGGAUUGGUUCGUUACAGGAGGAGGACCUCGGCUAUCUUUAUGGAGUAGGCGUGCCGGAAGAGAUGUUUCUAUAUUACACCCUGAAGGUGUAUCCGAUACUUGGUAUUCACAAACCGCUAUUUUUUGUGAUAUCGAUAAUGAUUCACGUAUUGUAUCCGGUGGUAAUUCCAGUACAUUGUAUAUGUGGGAUCAUAUUGGCAAUUUACUGGCAUCAGUAGAUUUACACAAUCCACCUAAUUCACGUCUAAGUCAUAUUCUUGUUGUAGAUACCAUGGAUUUAUCUGAUACAGUUGAUUCAUUGCAAUUAAAAUAUCAUUCAAAUUGUGCAUUUUUUAUUGGAGGUUGUGGUCCAGUGAUACGAUUAAUUGCAAAUCUUGGUUAUCCUUUAGAUAAAGAUGUAUCAGUUAAGAGCACAUCUUCAUUCGAGUCUCAAUCGAUUAGAUCAAAUAAAAAGGGUAAAUUCACGACAACAGAUAAAAAGUCAAAUCGUGAUAAAUCAUAUCAACCAAUUAAUUUGAAAGAACAAUCAACUUCAAAUAAUCGCACAAAAGAAAUAUGGUUUGAUGAUGUGCCUAAAGCUUUGAUUGACAAUUCAUUGCAAGAUCAAUCGGCCACUACAAAAUCCUUGGUGAAAUUAACAUCAUUUACAGGUCCAACACGUCGUAUUGCAAUGGAUUGUGAAUUUGUUGGAGUUGGUUAUGAAGGUAAAGAUGAUGCUUUAGCACGUGUUUCUAUUGUCAAUCAAUUUGGUCAUACAUUGUUCGAUGCAUAUGUACGUCCAGAAGAACGUGUUGUUGAUUAUCGAACAAAAUUCUCUGGUAUAAGACCACGUGAUUUACGUAAAAAUGGUCCAGCUCGAUCAUUCAGUGAUGUACAUAAAGAAGUUGCAGAAUUAAUAAAAAAUAAAAUAUUAAUAGGACAUUCUAUUUUAAAAGAUCUUAAAGUUCUACGACUUUCACAUCCACGUCGUUUUAUACGUGACACGUCACGUUAUCGUCCAUUUCGUGAUUUAUUCAAUGGACGUAUACCAUCAUUGAAAGCAUUAACACAAAAAGUACUCGGUAUCAAUGUACAAAUUGGUGAACAUGAUUCAGUGGAAGAUGCUAGAGCUACAAUGCGUUUAUAUACAUCAGUUAAACGUAUAUGGGAAUCAAGUAAAAAACAACGAAUGUCUAUGAUGAAACAAACGAAAAAUAAUAAGAAUAAUAAGCAGAAGAAUACUAUAACUGCAGAGAAACAAAUUGUUUUAAAUGCAAAAGAUGAAUAUGAGUCUGGAUUACAAGAAACUAUAUCAAAUCAUUCUCUAAAACAAUCUACUACUACUGCUUCUUCCACCCCUCAUCGUACUACACAUCGAUCGAAACCAUGGGAUCCUAAACGUGCACGUAAAUGUUCAAAAAAUAGAGUGAAAUUUUUAAAUCGACGUCGUAAACAACAACAACACCAACAGCAACAUAAGAAUAAAUAA